AGUCCGGUUCCUGCUGCUGUGAUCCAGGCCAGCAGGUCUUGAAGCUAGAGCCCAGAGCAUUAUGGGAUGUUGGCUGAUGGUGAAACCAACAUGGCUGUGAAUCUCAGGCAGAGGAGAGAACCUGCAGCAGGAACAAGACCGUGAAUGAAGUCCAGCAUAUAGACGGAGCUCCCAGCGUCUACCAAGCUGUCUCGAACCGUCGCGCUGCUGAACGUUGACGCUGCCUGACGAGGGCUGAAACAUUCACCAACAGCAGCAGAUAACAAACCACUGCGGAUAAAGUCUCGUAUGAAUUCCGACGAGAAGGAGGACUGUGAGUGUGCGACACCACAGGCCGAGACGAGCCCCGCCAGAGGACCAGAUAGAGAAUACGAGGACCCUGACGCAGAAAACCCAGAAGCAAGCCGAAUGAAGCGUGCAGCUGCCAAACAUCUAAUAGAGCGCUACUACCACCAGUUAACGGAGGGCUGUGGGAAUGAGUCCUGCUCCAACUCAUGGUGUGCCUCGUCAGUGGGAUUCAGCCGCAUGGACAACAACGCGGCGGCGGUUAAAGCUCUAGAGCUCUAUAAGGUCAACGCCAAACUAUGUGACCCACAUCCUUCAAAAAAAGGCACCGCGUCCGCCUACCUGGAGAGCAGCAACAGCAAGAUGAACCACAAAGACGUCCACACUGUUAGAGAUAACUUUAAAGAAGUAAACUACCUGACAGAGGAGAAGGUGUAUGAGAUCUUGGACAUCUGUGGAGAGAAGGACGAUUACUCCCCUCUGAUCCGGGUAAUAGGUCGGGUUUUCUCCAGCGCCGAGGGUCUGGUGCAGAGCUUUCGGAGGUCCAAACCUCACACCAAGGAGGAGCUGAAGUCUCUCCAAGGGAAGGACGAGGACAAAGAUGAGGAUGAGAAGGAGGCGGCGGCGUGCUCUGUGACAGCCAUGGACGAGGACUCCCCCACUUCUUCGUCGUCGAGGCUCGGGGAGGGAUCCUCGGGUGAGAACGAUGUCCAGAAGCUGGCCCCAGACGAAGUUUCUGUGGACAUCGAAGCUGUGCGGCGGGUCUACGAGCGCCUGCUGUCUAACGAGAAGAUCGAGGCAGCCUUCUUGAAUGCACUCGUCUAUCUCUCACCUAACGUAGAGUGCGACCUGACGUACCACAACGUGUACUCAAGAGACCCCAACUACCUGAACCUCUUUGUUAUAGUGAUGGAGAACAACAACCUCCACAGCCCAGAGUACCUGGAGAUCGCUCUGCCUCAGUUCUGCAAGGCCAUGAGCAAGCUCCCGUUGGCGGCUCAGGCCAAGCUGGCACGCCUGUGGUCUCACUACAGCGCCGAGCAGAUCCGACGCAUGAUGGAGACCUUCCAGCAGCUCAUCACGUUCAAGGUGAUCAGUAACGAGUUCAACAGCAGGAACCUGGUCAACGACGACGACGCCGUCGUGGCGGCCACCAAGUGCUUGAAGAUAGUUUACUAUGCAAAUGUUCUAGGAGGCGACCUGGACACCAAGAACAACGAAGAGGACGACGACGAGCCGAUUCCAGAGUCCAGUGAGCUCACUCUCCAGGAACUGCUGGGUGAGGAGCGCCGGAACAAAAAAGGGCCCCGAGUGGACCCGCUGGAGACGGAGCUGGGAGUCCGCACCAACGACUGCCGACGGCCGCUCAUUCCCUUUGAGGAGUUCAUCAACGAGCCCCUGAACGAGGUGCUGGAAAUGGACAAGGACUACACGUUCUUCAAGGUGGAGACAGAAAACAAGUUCUCCUUCAUGACCUGCCCCUUCAUCCUAAACGCCGUCACCAAGAACCUGGGGCUGUACUACGACAACCGCAUCCGGAUGUACAGCGAACGGCGCAUCACAGUGCUCUACAGCCUGGUCCAGGGUCAGCAGCUCAACCCAUACCUGAGGCUGAAGGUCCGGAGAGACCACAUCAUCGACGACGCUCUGGUCAGGCUGGAGAUGAUCGCCAUGGAGAACCCUGCAGACCUGAAGAAGCAGCUGUACGUGGAGUUUGAAGGAGAGCAAGGCGUGGAUGAAGGUGGUGUUUCCAAAGAGUUCUUUCAGCUGGUGGUGGAGGAGAUCUUCAACCCUGACAUUGGUAUGUUCACGUACGACGAGCGGACGCGACUGUUUUGGUUCAACUCGUCGUCGUUUGAGAACGAAGGCCAGUACACUCUGAUCGGCAUCGUUCUGGGCCUGGCCAUCUACAACAACUGCAUCCUGGACGUGCACUUCCCCAUGGUGGUCUACAGGAAGCUGAUGGGCAAGAAAGGAACGUUUAGGGAUCUGGCCGACGCUAACCCCGUUUUGUGCCAGAGUCUGAAGGAGCUGCUGGAGUAUGAGGGCAGCGUGGAGGAUGACAUGAUGAUCACCUUUCAGAUAUCCCAGACAGACCUGUUUGGAAAUCCCCUGAGUUACGAUUUAAGGGAAAACGGGGACAAGAUUCCCGUCACGAAUGAGAACAGAAAGGAGUUUGUUGCACAGUAUUCAGAGUAUGUUUUAAACAAAAGUGCGGAGAAACAGUUCAAAGCGUUCAGGAGAGGCUUCCACAUGGUCACCAACGAGUCGCCACUCAAGUACCUGUUCAGACCCGAGGAGAUCGAGCUGCUGAUCUGUGGGAGCAGGAACCUGGACUUUUAUGCACUUGAGGAGACGACGGAGUACGACGGCGGUUAUAACAAAGAUUCUAGAAUCAUCAAGGAGUUCUGGGAGACGUUGCACUCAUUCAGUGAGGAGCAGAAGCGCCUCUUCCUGCAGUUCACCACCGGCACCGACAGAGCGCCUGUGGGCGGCCUCGGCAAGCUGAAGAUGAUCAUCGCCAAGAACGGUCCUGACACAGACAGGUUACCCACGUCCCACACUUGCUUCAACGUGCUGCUGCUGCCUGAGUACAGCAGCAAGGACAAGCUGAGAGAGAGACUGCUGAAAGCCAUCACCUAUGCCAAAGGGUUUGGCAUGCUCUGAGCCCCCCGCCCCCUCCUGCUACUAACAGACUCCUACUCAGAAAGCCCAUGAAGCCCCGCCCUUGUUUUACCAGUCCAAACGGUGACUGAUCACCCCCCACGCCGGGGGGUGUGUGUCCAGAAGGAAACAUCAGUGAAAAUGAGAGGACCCGUGGUUGUACGCCAGCGCACUAUUACAUCUGCUGCUGUGCCUGCAUCAUCCUACAUCCGUCAGUGAGAGCACAGAGACCUCCUGAAGCACCCCCUCCUUUAUGUUCCAUGUACAGAGAGGAUCAUUUUCCUUAUUAUUUAUUUGAAGGUUAAAAUGGGUUCAUCCAUGCCUGUCUGUUGUGGUAGCUUCCCUACUCUGGGAAAGGGGGAGGGUUCCUAUUAAUCCAUGUACAUUUGGGACAGUGUCAAGUCAAUAAAACCGGUUUAUUGAACAAAACCUUGCUAAAGUAACCCUGAUCUAUCCAAUCUUAUGAUCUAGUUUAGAGUAGCCUUUACUACAGAUCCUGUACUCCCCUCUGAAGAGAGCCUUCACUCACCAUUCCACCCACUCCUGUUGCUUUCUGUGUCCACAGACACAAAAAUGAUUAAGGUAAGCAUCUGAGAGAGGACUGUCCUUUGGUCCAAAAAGGCACAUUAUCGUAAAUCUGUAGCUUAUUUUUUAGUGCUUGGGCUUUUUUCGUUUGUAUUCUGGGGGGACUCUGUUGGUUAGAUUCGAUCUUGUCAGAGCUGUGUAAAGUGCACUUAGACAUUUUCAGAAUGUUUGUUUCUUUGGCCACAGGUUGCCAUUAUUGUUUGGAGCAUUUCAUUUCCUUGUCUUCCUGUGUUGACAAUUCCAAAUAAAAACAAAACCAGUGUUUA